AUGACCGUCAAUUCUACCUCUACUAAGCAGCCCUCAAUCCUAUCCACGAUAUUGCUCAGGCUCCAAGCCAUGCUCGCUGCUAUCACUUCCACCCUGAUCUCCCUCCUCGACCAAAUCAUACCUCCAUGCCGUCGCGAGGACAUUACUUCAAGGGCUUAUGCUUUUAGUCGGAGCAGGCCAUUACUGGCAUCCUUUCUUGCCUCCCAGCUAGUUUUCUGUGGAGUACCGCUCUCCUUGCUAUUCCUCCACGUCGCCAGCGUGCUCUUUUUCUCCUUCGCGACCGCCAUUGUCAUUGGGUCAAUAUGUGCACUUUUGUUUACUGCCGUGUGUGUAGGACCGGCAUUGCUUGUGCUGAUACCUAUAUUGAUGGUCACCUCAUUCGUGGGGCUUACGGUGUGGUUCUGGGCAUUGUUGGGAUGGUAUAUUCUCGGCUGGACCGGGUUGCUAGAACAACGGCAUAUAUCAAAGAUGGGAGUCGAAAAAAGAGAGAAGAGUGAUGGUGAGAUUGGGGCAGUCAAGGAGAUCACCAGGAAAAUGGAUUGA